AUGUCGCAUAGGAAAUUUGAACGGCCACGCCACGGCUCUUUGGGCUUCUGCCCAAGGAAGCGCUGCCGCCGCCAUAGGGGAAAAGUAAAGGCUUUCCCCAAGGAUGACCCCUCCAAGCCGCCUCAUUUGACAGCCUUCAUGGGCUACAAGGCUGGCAUGACCCACAUCGUCCGCGAGGUGGAGCGUCCAGGAUCAAAGCUGCACAAGAAGGAGGUCGUGGAGGCCGUCACCAUCGUUGAGUCCCCCCCUAUGAUCUGCGUUGGCGUUGUUGGUUACAUUGAGACUCCUAGGGGUUUGAGGGCUCUGUCGAGCGUAUGGGCAGGCCACUUAAGCGAGGAGUGCCGCAGGCGCUUCUACAAAAACUGGUACAAGAGCAAGAAGAAGGCCUUCACCAGAUACUCCAGAAAAUACGCAGAAAACAACAAGAUGCAGGCGGAGAUCGACACCAUCAAGCAGCACUGCUCUGUCGUCCGUGCUAUCUGCCACACCCAACCCAGCAAGACCCCUACUGGCCUCCGCAAGGCUCACAUUAUGGAGAUCCAAGUCAACGGAGGAAGUGUCGCCGAUAAGGUGGACUUCGUGACAAAGAUGUUCGAGUCUCCCAUCCCGAUUAGCGCCGUCUUCCAGCAAGAUGAGAUGUUGGACGUGAUUGGUGUGACUAAGGGUCAUGGAGUAAAGGGUGUUGUGUCUCGUUUCGGUGUGACACGUCUGCCUCGAAAGACCCACAGAGGUCUGCGUAAGGUGGCUUGUAUUGGUGCUUGGCACCCUGCUCGUGUGCAGUUCCAAGUGCCUCGCCACGGUCAGAAGGGUUAUUUCCAUCGCACAGAGAUGAACAAGAAGGUGUACCGCAUUGGCAGCGGCAACGAUCCUCGCAAUGGCUCCACCGAUGCAGAUCUUACGGAGAAGCGCAUUACCCCGAUGGGCGGCUUCCCCCAUUACGGUGAAGUCCGCAGCGACUUCAUCAUGAUCAAGGGAUGCAUCGUGGGCAGCAAGAAGAGACCCAUCACCUUAAGGAAGACCCUUGUGCCUCGCACUUCUCGUAGGGCUCUUGAGAACAUCCACCUCAAGUUCAUCGAUACGUCUUCCAAGUUUGGACACGGCCGCUUCCAGACAUCAGAGGAGAAGGCCAAGUUCUAUGGGCCUCUUAAGAGAACUGCUGUCCUCUAA